CAUGCAAGAAAUUUCAGUUCUAAUUUUUUUUCUUUUUUGUUUUUAAGUUUCCAGACAUUUUCCAAAACCUGUUGUUACUCUUUGCGCUGCAUACGAAGUAUUAAUCAGCUGUCUAAACUCAAUCAAAAAUAAGCUUCAACUCUUAAUUAAUUUCUUCCAUUUUAAAUAUGGGAAAAAAAAUUUUAAUGGUUUGCUUAGGUAAUAUUUGCCGCUCGCCUAUCGCUGAAGCGGUAAUGAAACAGGCACUUGAAUACGAACAGCUUCAUCAUGAAUGGACGGUCGAUAGUGCUGGCUUAGGAGGGUGGCACUCAGGUUUAUUACCUGAUAAUCGAGCUCUCAGUGUUUUGGAACAAAACGGCAUCGUUUAUGCAAACCGCGCGCGUAUUAUCACAGUAGAUGAUUUCAAAGAAUGCGAUUAUAUCUUCGGCAUGGAUAAUAGUAAUGUAGCAGAACUUAAAAGACUAGCACCCGAAAAUUCGAAGGCUAAAGUUAAGUUAUUGGGCGAUUUCGGUUUGGAAGAAAGCAAUAAAAUUAUCGAAGAUCCUUAUUAUCUUGUUGGGGAAGAACCUUUCGUUAAGGUAUAUAACCAAUGCGUAUUGGCAUGCAGAGCAUUUGCAGAACGUUUGAAAAAAGAAAAAACGAACACGGUUUCAUAAUUAAUAUUUUUAAAUUGUUUUUUAUACAUUUUAAAUUGGAUAUUAAUAAAUAGAAUUUACGCGGAAUGGUUUAUGGAAAACAGCUGUUUGCGCAUAUUUCAUAAAAAGUAA